UCGCGGAAGAGAUGGGGAAACUGAGGCAUGAGUGGGUCAGCGGGGAGGCCACUCAGGGUUGCUGUGUCCACAUAAGACCGACAGUGUUCUCACUGAGCGUUGAUAGAAUGAGGAGCAUUCACCUCACGGUGGAUAGCCCUGGACUCUGCCCCCAGAGAUGAGGAGGCACUCCCAGUUUCCAUGUCCCCACACCGUGCUGCCAUUCGGGAACUCUGCGUCCGUCCUGGCGUUUGGUCUCCAUUCAGCCAGAGGGCCUUGAAAUCUCUUAGUUCACCUGUUCUGAGGAAUAAAAUGCCCUCCAACUGUCUGCCUCCCCUCAUCGAUCACAUACAUACUCACGCUGAUGUGCUUGUGAUGGACCCUGCGGCCUGCACUGGCCCCUUCCGGCCUCAUCAUUGUCAAAUCUCUUACUUGCUCAGCAUUCAAUAGUGUUCCCCACCCCUGUCUAGACUCUUUUCUCCUUAUGCCUUUCCCUUCCUCUGACCUGGAGAAGUGGGCCGCCCAGUAUGCUUGCUCUCUUCUUGGCCAUGCGCUGCAAAGGCAUGGAGCCAGUCCUGAGUUACAGAAACAGAUUCGACAGCUGGAGGGCCACCUGAGCCUUGGAAGAAAGCUUCUACGCCUGGGUAACUCAGCAGAUGCCCUUGAGUCAGCCAAAAGAGCUGUUCACCUAUCAGAUGUUGUCCUGAGAUUCUGCAUCACUGUUAGUCACCUCAAUCGAGCCUUGUACUUUGCCUGUGACAAUGUCCUGUGGGCUGGAAAGUCUGGACUGGCUCCCCGUGUGGAUCAGGAGAAGUGGGCCCAGCGUUCAUUCAGGUACUAUUUGUUUUCCCUCAUCAUGAAUUUGAGCCGUGAUGCUUAUGAGAUUCGCCUACUGAUGGAGCAAGAGUCUUCAGCUUGUAGCCGGCGACUGAAAGGUUCUGGAGGAGGAGUCCCCGGAGGAAGUGAAACUGGGGGACUUGGGGGACCAGGGACUCCAGGAGGAGGUCUGCCCCAGCUGGCUCUGAAACUUCGGCUGCAAGUCCUGCUCCUGGCUCGAGUCCUUAGAGGUCAUCCCCCACUUCUGCUAGAUGUGGUCAGAAAUGCCUGUGAUCUCUUCAUUCCACUGGACAAACUAGGCCUCUGGCGCUGUGGCCCUGGGAUUGUGGGGCUUUGUGGCCUCGUGUCCUCCAUCCUGUCUAUUCUCACCCUAAUCUAUCCCUGGCUACGACUCAAGCCCUGACCUUCUGGUGCAGGAUAAGGAGGGGACCUGAAUUGGUGAGAUGGAAUCUUAGAUCGUCCCCCAUGUACCAGCCUCAUUCGAAUUCUACUCUUUGGUUGAAGUUAGAAAUUCAGAGAUUUAGGGGUGGAGGAAGAGCUUUGGGGAAGAUGAGGUAAGGAAAGGUGACUCGUGAAGUUAAUAGGAUGUGUCUAAUUUCUAGAUGUGCCUGAGCUUCUGUUCUUUUCCUCUGUCUUUGUCUGUGUCUCUCUUGAAUGUAUUUACUUUGUGUCUGUUAUGUCUAUUUAAGGUUCUGUGUCCAUGCAUCUCUCUCUCUCUUUCUUUUUUUAACCUUCUCAUUCUUCUAUCCAGGGAUUUAAUCAGCAGAAUUACCUUUUGGUAGGGGAGGUAUAAGGUUUGGUCUGUAAGGUUCUAACUGCCUUCUUUUUUCUCACAGAGGUGGCUUAUGGCAGAUUUUUCCUCCUUCAAACUCCAAACAUAAUUUUAAUACUAUGUGCCAGUGGACUCUUCCCUCAUAUCUCUGCACCACAAGUGGUUGGAUGUUUCCUCUUCCUCCCUCAUGUCUACCUCACCAGCCUCGCUCAUGAUUUGGCCCUUAUCCUUCCUUGUACACAUACCUUCAGAUUUCUGCUUACACUUUGAUUUCAGAGCUUUAUUCCCUAGUCUGUUCCCUAGUGUAGCAUCUUGCUGUAAAUCUUGUACAAUGAUUCUGUGUAAAUAGCUGUGGCCUAUGCCAAUAAUGAAGAGCAAGCCUUUCAGGUAAGCAAAUUAAAGUUCAGUUUGCUCAUCAA